AUGUCGGCAAAAACGGGAUCCGUUGCAAAACAAAAAACAUUUAACGAUGGAAAUGAAGUUUUAUAUAAUCCAUACGUAGGACAUUCCUCAUAUGAAGUUUAUACCGAAAUCCCUUUCCCAGAAUGGAUCGAUGCGGAUUUAAAUUCGGAAACAUGGGAAGAACCAAAAGUAAAAAAAAAUUUGGCGGGAGCUGGAAAAACCGUUAAAACCAACGUUAGCGUACCAACGGUCGACACGCAAUAUUUUUACUUCGAUGAUCCCAGUCCGCCCACGCUCCCCAUUUACAUGAGAGAACACGUUUACGAUUGGAAAAAACCCUUCGAUGUAUUCAAGGACCCGGAUUUGAUAGUUUACGAUCCUACAAAUUCCUGGAAACAGUUAACCGUUCCGAGUCCCAUCGUGUCCGAUUGUGAUUUCGUUAAAUUAUUCAAAGACACCAUAAAAAUGUUGAAAUACUACGGUGAAAAAUUCGGGUUCGUCGUGGAAUUCGAAUCGGCGAAAUUCGUACCGACGACGCAGGGAGAACCCUGGCAACCCUGGCAUCACGUCUACGGAUCGUGCAAGGCGGGAAAAGGACAAAUACACAAACCCGUUUAUCAUCCCUUUGGAAAAUACGCGUUGAGACUUUUUUAUUUUGGAACCUGGAGAAAGAUAAUCGUCGACGAUAGGAUUCCGUGCGAUAAAAACGGUUUGUGCAUGCUUCCGGUCACCGAGAUAGAAGGAGAGCUUUGGCCCAUUUUACUCGCGAAAGGAAUACUUAAAAUUAUAUCUCAAACAUGUUCUCUGAUGGAUUUUUCACUCGUGACGUGUUUUACGGGAUGGUUGCCGGGAAACGUGAACACGGCGAACAAAACCUACGAUCAAAUAUGGAGAAGAUUUCAAAUAUUAACUCCUCGUUACGAACCGGGACCGGGAAAGGAGAAAGAUAAUCAAACGAUCGUCGUCGAAUCGAAUAAGGGAUCGUCUAAAAGAGAAGGUUUGAAACAACAGCAGGCGGUGGUUGCGGCUGCCGCGGCGGCGGCGGAAACGAUUUGGAAAAAGUUUUUUUGCGUCGUAUGGGCGGAUUUGGGAAAUUUUUCGUUGGAAGAUUCGAAUUUAAACGAUACGACAGUUAUAUUUACGACUAAUAGGGAUUCCCCGCUGAUAAAAGUCGAUAAACGAGAACCCACGAAACCGUGGAAAAGGUUAAGAUGGGUUUACUGGGCUAAAAAAAAAGGGAUUUGGAUAGACGAAUUGUCUUUGCCACCCUACAGACGAUUACAAUACAUAACGUUUUCGCCGGAUUUGAGUGCGAUGUUGGCUCCGGAUCCGUGUCAGGAAUGUACUUUGUAUGCAAUCCCAGAAGGCGAAUCGGAAACGGAAGAACAACAACAACAACAACCCCCUUCGUCGAUCGAAGGCAGCGAAACGUUUCAACCCUUGCAAUGGUCAGAUUUUUACGGAGUUUGUAAACAUUUGAUAAACGUGACAGCAUAUCUCAAACCUCACACUUGCGAAAACCAGUAUAAAAUAUCAAGUUUGUCGGAUAACGUAAAAAAAAAUAAUCCGUCGGGGAAGACGGCGACAGCGGGGACGGCGACGGCUGCGACGACGUCAAAAACUGCAGCAUCACAGAACAAAACGGAAAAUUUUUAUUUUUAUUCACCGGAACUGACUCCGACGUUGAAUCAACCCGUGACGGUUUAUUGCGAGUCUCUCACUCACAUAUUCAUCUUUUUUUCACUUUGGGUUUAUCCGGAAAAGAAGAAAAAAUUAAAAGGUUACCUGGAUCCGUUCCAGUGGGAAAUAUUGAAAAUCGGUCACGCGUCUCUCCUCGUUGAAAAAUACGACUGGAGAAAUUUACAUCAAGGUAAUUUAUUGGGAUACGCGAAAACAAUCGAUAACUCGUCGAUAUGUUUAAAUUUGAAAUCCGGGAGACACAUAUUAAAACUCUGGAUCAAUUCGGAUUCUCCUUACACGUUGAACGUGUAUUCGAACGCACGUUUGUUUUUUCACAGCGGUCCGAAAAUACGAUUCUUAAUGAGCAACGAAUCCGAGAGCGUAAUAAGUUACAUAGGUAACGUCGCGAACGCUUUCAUAUCUCUGACGCAAAAAUUUGGUAAAUCCGACCUUAAGACGGCACUGAAAGAUUUUUACAAAGCCAUAAAACCCGGAAACGAUUCCGCCGUCAGUUAUCAUUCCCUACAGGAUAAAUUCAUCGAAACGUUUUUGAAUUGUUUAAUGUUGUCGCUCACGAAUUUAAUACCGAGCACGGACGAAUUGAGAAUCAUGGUCGGAGCAUUGAGGUCUCUUUUUUUAAAUCCGUUUAUAGAAUGCGAUUUGCCAUCCGGAGAACCUGAGGCCAUAUACGGACCCGUAGCGAAAAAGUCGAAUAAGAAAAACGUCGUCGUUCCCGUUAUACAUAGAUCUCUCUCGCAAAUACUUUCGUAUACGUGGACGGGAGAAGAAAUUAAAAAAAUAAUAUACAUACAGAAAAUAUUUCGGGGGUACAGGUAUCGUUUGUUGUUGAAACGUCAAACCCCCGCGCGAAAGGAAUUCAAACCCUUUGCGGAGAGAUUGAAAAAAAUAUGCGACGCUGUUUUCAGUCCGGUAAAAAGAGAUUUGGAAGUUGGAAAAAUAAUACGUUUGAUAGCGAUGACGGAUAAGAGACUCAUGGACACGUUUAAAUUUCACAAAGAUUUUCCCAACGUUUUGGAAGUGGAAGAAUUUUACGGUAAGAUACCCUCCGCGGACCCUUAUGCCUGGAUACCGAUGGCGAGAUUUAUAAUAGCGACCCACGCUUCCGAACCCGUUCCGUGCGCUUUCUAUUUUUCUUGCAAUUUGGAACAGUAUGUUGUCAUCGGAGUGAACAACGAUUCGAAUAAAGAAUUGUUUUCGGUUGCCAACACUGUUUCUCCCUACUACUAUUACAAUAAUUCGAAAGGAUACACCAUAUUGAUAUUAGGAUGGAACGAUGCCAACGUGAAAAAUGUCAAUUGGCGAUUGGAAAUGGUGAGAAUGAAACACUUUCAAGAGAUUCAUCUCUGCAACACGAUGUCGGGUCUUGCGUGUCAUCCCUACGGCAUGCCGUCGUUGGAUGUCAGCGAAGUUAAAAAUAUAUACAUACCCAAUUCGAAAUCGAGAAUGUGUAGGUGCUUGAUAAAAAUACAAAAGAGAACCAUAUUGACGUUCAGGUUGACGUCGUCGUUCGAAAAAACCGAAUUCGUCGUUUUUAUUUCUCUGGAUCGUCGACACUGCGACGAAACGUCAGAAGGAGACGAAAAAAAUUCGAAAUUAGUCGAAUGUUUGAGCACGAACGGAGCCGUUUUGCUUCCGUCGCUCGUUUUGGAAAGCGCACCCCUCUCGAAUAGAUUUUGGAACGAAGCCGACGACGAUUUCACGACGUACGUUCUCGAAGCUUUUACCCUUAAUAAUUCAUGGCCAUUGACUAAAAACGAAUGGGGAACGGUCGAACCGGUGAGAGUGAACGGGGAGUCUUGGAAGGAGACGGGAAGUAAUACGCAAUUGAAAAAAGGACCGUCCGAAAGUAGGAGAAAACUCACGAGAACGUCGAAGAGGUGUUUUCAAAGUAGAGUAAUGGAAAAUCCAUUUUGGUUACUCCAAGUUAUAAACGAUGCAUCCGAAAGUAAUCCGUUGGACGCGGUCGUCGUCGAAGAAGAUAAAUCUUAUCAGGAGUCUAUAAAAGCGAUGAAAAUAUCGUGGGAAGAAAAAGAUCCGGGACGGAGGAAGAGAGGACGUGACGUCAGACAGCGGUUCUUGUAUCAGAUAUACAUGGCAUACAACAAAGAUAGAAAUUUAGAGGGUGAAUAUUACGGGGAACGAGACUACGAUUUCGGCGAGAGACUCGGGUACGAAGAAAAAGGCGAAGAUUUCAGCAAAAUGUUUCGAAAAUUAUCGAAUUUUUCAUACCUGACGAAAGAUAAAUCCGAAACGAGGUAUUUGAGAUCCCCGAGGAUUUUACCCCGGAUGCCGACGAAGGAUUUGUUGGAAAAAUACGAAUUGGUACAGGAAUCUUUGAAUUCCGUUCGGGAGACUCGCAGUACCGUUUCCCAAGAUUUGACUCUCACCGUGUCGUGUAAAGGCGUCGACGAAAAAGAAGAAGAAAACAGGAGAGAAUAUUUGAACACGUGUAACAUGUACAGGGAUAUAAUGGUAAAACAUUUUACGGAAGAGCAGAAGAUAUCGGUUAAACUCAUCGAACAAGCUUUCGAAUUAAGAUCCAGAGCAUUGCAAAGGAUGGCGAGGUGUGUGAUGACGUCACGAGCGUGA